CUUGAAAGGGAUUACGUAUUUAUAGAGUUUUAAUCGGAAUAAAUGUUGAGAGGUUCUUCACCUUCCAUCGUUUGCUUUCAACCUCUGGCGGUGGAACGGCGAGUGCAUUAAUCGUCCACGAUGGAUUUCCAGAACCGUGCCGGGUCUAAGCCUGGCUCUGGGGGCGUUGCCUCCGAACAACAACAAGCCAUCGAUCGACGGGAGCGCCUUCGCAAGUUGGCCCUGGAAACUGUCGACCUCUCCAAAGACCCGUACAUUCUCAAGAAUCACUUGGGAACGUUCGAGUGCCGACUCUGCCUCACGUUGCACAGCAACGAAGGCAACUACUUGGCCCACACCCAAGGCAAACGCCAUCAAACUAACCUUGCACGUCGAGCUGCCAAAGAUGCAGCCGACGCAUCUGCAUCCGUUAUCCCAACGAAGCCCACGAUUGUGCCGCGCCGCACCAUCAAGAUCGGGUUGCCGGGGUACCGAGUCACGAAGCAACGAGAUCCUGACACCGGAGCUCGCAUGCUCUUGUUCCAAGUAGACUACCCAGAUGUGGCUGAUGGCUUCCAACCUCGUCAUCGCUUCAUGUCAGCGUAUGAGCAGAAGGUGGAGCCAGCGGACAAGAACUUCCAAUACCUUCUCUUGGCAUGCGAACCGUACGAAACGGUGGCGUUCAAGGUGCCAAACUUGGAUAUUGACAAGGCGGAGGGCAAAUUUUUCUCCAAUUGGGACAAGCUGAGCAAGUCGUUCACUCUGCAGCUGACGUUUGCCGUCGAACAAAGCAAACCAUCGCGCCCGGCGCCGCCACCGCCGCGUCCUACGCGUCGCUUCUUGUAAGCUUGGUCAAAUGACAAAAUGCAAAUGAUUUAAACGAAUUCUUGUUCUGGUUGGACGUUUGUCGGGGUGUUCGCACUGUUAGGAUAUACCGGUAUGAGAAUGCAAAUGCUGCCAAGUUCC